UAUGGCUCAGUGUCAGAGCUGCUCUCAAAGCAUGGGCGCGUAUUAUUGCCUCGUUCGCAGGAGGUUCAAGAGAAGACGCAAAAAACGAUCCGAACGCAAAGGGAUCUUCAGCAAGACAAUGAAUGAUGGAGCCAGUGGGCGGCCCAGGGGCCAGCAGAAGUUCUGCAGUCUGGAUGUGGAUGAGGAGAAACGCAUAAGUUCGUGUAGCAUGGACGUUAAAGAAAACCGCAACCUGGACAACCUCUCCUCCAAGGAAGCGCUGGGGGAGGGGCCUCACGUAGCCAAUGGGAGCACUCGGGGAUUGAGCAGGAAACGCCCACUGGAGGAGGGCAAUAAAGGCCACGGACACUCCAAAUUCCGCCCCAAGAAGCGCAGGAAACCGCAAGGGCCGGUCUUGCCGAAAAAUGCUCUCAUGCAACUGAAUGAAAUCAAACCGGGACUGCAGUAUAAACUUCUGUCACAGACAGGGCCGGUACAUGCACCCGUGUUCGUUAUGACCGUCGAGGUUAACGGACAAUUGUUUGAGGGCUCCGGCCCAACAAAGAAGAAAGCCAAACUGAAUGCAGCCGAAAAAGCGCUGCGCUCUUUUGUUCAGUUCCCCAAUGCAUCCGAAGCUCAUCUCGCGAUGGGUCGCACGCUGACCGUUAACGCAGACUUCACCUCAGAUCAAGCUGAUUUCCCGGACAUGCUUUUUAACGGUUUUGAGACGCCAGCAAAGCCUGAUGAACCCUUCUACCUGAGUCUCGGCAGCAAUGGGUCUCUCUGCUCUCUAAACAAAUACCCUCUCUAUGUGACUCUGAAAAACAACAACAGGUUACAUCCUCCUCUCCCAUUACCCCCUGCACUCACAACGCCCCCUACAGGCAGUGGCAAGAAUGCUGUGAUGAUUCUAAAUGAGCUUCGGCCGGGACUGAAGUAUGAGUUCGUGGCUGAGAGCGGUGAAAGCCAUGCCAAGAACUUCAUAAUGGCAGUUACUGUGGAUACGCAGAUGUUCCAAGGUUCCGGCCGGAAUAAAAAACUGGCGAAAUCGAGGGCAGCCCAAGCGGCAUUGUCAGGUCUCUUUAACAUGCAACUGGACCAGACGCCAUCUCGACAGCCAAUCCCCAGAGAGGGACUUCAGCUACACCUGCCUCAGGUCCUCGCAGACGCCGUCUCUCGUUUAGUUGUGGAAAAGUUUAGCGAGCUGACAGACAACUUCACGUCUCCACAUGCACGGCGGAAAGUCCUUUCAGGUGUUGUCAUGACAACCGGUACGGAUGUGAAGGAUGCUCAGGUGAUUUGUGUCACCACGGGAACCAAGUGUAUAAACGGAGAGUACAUGAGUGAUCGAGGACUAGCUCUUAACGACUGCCAUGCUGAGAUCAUCGCACGCCGAUCCCUCCUCAGAUACCUGUACAGUCAGCUGGAAUACUUCCUCAGCGACAGCACUGAAGAACAUGAGAAAUCCAUAUUCAGAUGGUGCAGUGAACAUGGCUACCGGCUAAAAAACGAUAUUCAGUUCCAUCUGUAUAUUAGCACGUCGCCCUGUGGAGACGCCCGGAUUUUCUCCCCUCAUGAGGCUGCUGCCGAAGACCAGGGUGAUCGGCAUCCAAACCGCAAGGCACGUGGACAAUUGCGAACCAAGAUUGAGUCUGGAGAAGGUACGAUACCCGUUCGUACGACUAACACCAUUCAGACCUGGGAUGGAGUCUUGCAAGGAGAGCGACUGCUAACUAUGUCAUGUAGCGACAAGAUUGCAAGAUGGAACGUGAUCGGAGUGCAGGGAUCUCUUCUGAGUUACUUUUCAGAACCCAUCUAUUUUUCCAGUUUAAUUUUGGGAAGUCUGUACCAUGCCGACCAUCUUUCCAGAGCCAUGUACCAGCGCAUCGCAGACAUGGAAGAUCUGCCCCAGCCGUUCACCCUUAACAGACCCCUUCUUAGUGGUAUUAGUAACACAGAAGCAAGGCAACCUGGGAAAGCUCCCAACUUCAGCGUCAACUGGACGGUCGGAGAUCAGGGGUUGGAGAUCAUUAACGCUACCACGGGGAAAGAUGACCUUGGAAGACAGUCUCACCUCUGCAAACAUGUCCUCUACAGUCGCUGGGUCUGUCUGCAUGCCAAGCUCAGUGAGACUCUGCGGAUCCGAGGAUCUCGUCCGGGCUCCUACCACGAGGCAAAACAAGCGGCAGUGGAGUAUCACGCAGCUAAACAAACUCUCUUCAAAGCUUUCAACAAAGCGGGACUGGGAGCGUGGGUUGAAAAGCCCAUCGAACAAGACCAGUUUUCCCUCACCCCUUAAGAUAAACCGAGAGAAAGGGAUUGUCUGCAAAAGAUCUUUUGUACAUUUACAUGGAAUGCAAGGUUUUAAUCUAAGCUCCACAGUUGUCACUUUUUUGCUUCUGUUAUUAUUGCAAGUCGCUCAUUUUCUUAUCUAUAAUAACAUGUUUAUGUUCACUCAAAAAAUGGCUGGCUUAAAAAGAACCCAACUGGAAACUUGGCGCUGGGUAAAAGGUGGACAACAUGUUGCGCUAAACAAACCCACACAGUUAACUCUAUUG